AAUAUUUAACAGUAUAGACCAGUUGCAGAAAUUGAACUCGAGAAAGAACAAGGAACAAUUAAUGCGAAAUGAAGAAGUAGUUUUUGAAUUGAAAAAUAAAUGAGCGAGUUCACAUGAGCGAUUUUCACAAGAAAUAAGAGAGAGAGAGAGAGAUUUGGCAUUUGCAGUGCGUGGUUGAAUGUUAAUUUGAAGAUGAGCAGCAAAGGCAAAGAGGAAGAAGGGAUUAAGAAGGUUAUGAUUCACGGAGGUCGAUACGUGCAAUACAACGUUUAUGGACACUUGUUCGAGGUACCCUCCAAGUAUGUCCCUCCGCUUCGUCCCAUCGGAAGGGGUGCAUACGGCAUCGUUUGUGCUGCUGUUAAUUGCGAUACGCAUGAGGAAGUUGCCAUAAAGAAGAUUGCUAACGCCUUUGACAACAUCAUUGACGCUAAACGGACUUUGAGGGAGAUUAAGCUCCUUCGCCACAUGGACCAUGAAAAUAUAAUUGCUGUUAGGGAUAUCAUACGACCUCCAAGAAAGGAUGCCUUCAAUGAUGUUUACAUUGUUUAUGAAUUGAUGGACACUGACCUUCACCACAUUAUUCGUUCUGAUCAACCUCUUAACGAUGACCAUUGUCAGUACUUUCUAUAUCAGCUUUUACGGGGGCUGAAGUAUGUGCAUUCGGCUAAUGUCUUGCACCGAGAUCUUAAGCCCAGUAAUUUGCUUCUGAAUGCGAACUGUGACCUUAAAAUUGCUGACUUUGGUUUGGCAAGGAUAACAUCAGAAACCGAUUUCAUGACGGAGUAUGUGGUCACCCGGUGGUAUCGUGCCCCGGAAUUGCUCCUCAAUUGUUCGGAGUACACCUCUGCAAUUGACGUUUGGUCUGUUGGUUGCAUAUUUGGUGAAAUUUUGACCAGGGAACCCUUGUUUCCUGGGAAAGAUUAUGUUCAUCAACUAAGGCUUAUAACGGAGUUAUUAGGUUCACCAGAUGAUGCUAGUCUUGCAUUUCUCCGAAGUGAAAAUGCUAAAAGAUAUAUUCGACAGCUUCCCCGUUAUAGGAAGCAAAAUUUCUCGGCUAGAUUCCCAAGUAUGUCUCCUGAGGCAUUGGAUUUACUAGAGAAGAUGCUUAUCUUUGAUCCCAACAAACGCAUUACAGUUGAUGAAGCACUGUCUCACCCAUACCUUUCAUCACUUCAUGACAUCAAUGAUGAACCAGUUGGACCUGGCCAAUUCAAUUUUGAUUUUGAGCAGCCAACAUUCACUGAAGAGCACAUCAAGGAGCUCAUCUGGAGGGAAUCAGUGAAAUUCAAUCCGGAUCCACCCAGUCAGUAAUUCUUUCUUGAAUAAUGAUCACCUGAUAACUCCUGGUCUUGGGUGUACAUCUGGAGAGACACAGGAAGAGGGAAAGAUAAGUGAUUCAUAUGAUUGAUGAUACAAUGAGUGAAGAAGGGAAAUAAAGAGAAAUGAUGGGGGUGUAACGUGUGAAACUAAUAGUUGAGUGACGAGGGAAACGUUAGUAUUCUUUCUUAUUAGGAUAAUGUACCAUGAUACACCUCUUCACUUAAAUACAGUGUCUGUCCACUAUUCAGAUUAGUUGCUAUGUAUAGAAAUUCAGAAAGUUUCACUGUUGUAAUCUAGUCUUAAAGCAUUCAGGAUACAAACCAAAAUGAGUAAUCAUUAGGAAUCAAAUUGGUAGUCAGGGUUUAGGGAAACAAUUAUGAUGACAAAUAUGGUCUGUCAUGGAGCCUUUUGCUUAUUAUUUAUCAUCAAUUUUUUGUUCUGGUUUAAAUGUUUGCAUCUA